GCUGCAGCAGCGCUGCGCUCGGGCUCCCACCUCCCGUGCAGACCCCACCCCGUGCAGAAAAGCGCUCGCGGCGCAGCGGCUGCCGGUGCCGGUACCGCUCUCCUCCCGUCCGUUGGGCUCGGUGCCCGCACGAGAUCCCUCGCGUGGCUGCCGUUGGGCGCAGCUGUGGCGCUCCCCGCGUGCACCUCAGUGUGCUGAAGGCCUCCUCGCCUCGCACCUCGUGGCCGUCCUCUCUCCCUGUCCUUAUCCUCCCUGCUGCCCCCUGUGCCGUCCUGCUGUCCCGGCUUCCAGCUCGCUGUGCUCUGGUGGGGACGGACCUGAUGGUCUCAGAGGUCUUUUCCAAGCUUAAUGAUUCCACGAACCCGGCAUGGGCACCAGCGAAUCCCCAUCAGCUCCUCCGGGUGUGCUUUUCCCUGUAGGAUGAGGACUGUGGUAGAAGGCUGACAGCGUUCCCAUCCUAUUCCCCACAUCCCCCAGAACUGCUCAUUUUGCACCGUGCUUCUGCUCCUUCCCCCCCAGCUUUACAGGGCCUCCUUGGGCAGAGAUGGAUUGUUUUCUGUUACAGUUCAUAGAAAGACCAAACCUCAGUGAGAUCCCUCCGGGUGUGUUGGAAAGGGGUGCCCGGGAGCUGACUUCGGGUACUCCAUAAGAACUGUUUCUUGGGGGGAAAAAAGCCAAUGUUAUUUCUGCUGCUGUUCUGUGAGUCUUCCCCCUCCACUGGUGAGGCCGGGCACAGAUGUGGGAGGGAUUUCUGCCCGUCAACACAGAAAGGAGCGAGCAUUGAGUGUGGGGAGCUGACCUGAGGGGAAGCAGCUCAGCCCCCCCCCCCCCCCCAUGCCCCCCCAACCUUAUGGGGCUGCACAGCAGGACAGGACCCAGCUCUGUGAACCCCCAGAGGUUCGAGCCAUGUCAGGAAGCAGCUGCCAGGAGGAGAAGUCACUGUGUUUCCCCGCAGCACCAGAAGCCAGGUUUGCUGUUGGCUCCCACCCAGCGCCGACGCGUGCUGUGACAGUUUCCCAUGGACUGCACUGAGCUGAGGAAGCAGCCGGGGGGGUGGAUGUGCUCCACUGGUGACCCCCAGCAGCAACGCUGCAGAGGUGCUGCCAUGGAGGCUCCCGUGCUGGCGCUCAUCCUUGCACUGUGGAUCUCUCCCCUUGCUGCUGGCACUGAGCUGCAGCCCCACAUGACUGCACACCGCUCCGGGUACAGACGGCUGUACGGCUUGCAGCACCGCACUGCGUACCGCUGCUGCACCGGCUGGGCUCAGCGCCCGGGGAGCACCGCCUGCCUGCACCAUGUUGAUGAGUGCCAGGUUCACAACGGGGGCUGCCAGCACAGAUGUGUGAACACCUUUGGUUCCUAUUACUGUGAGUGCAAGCCGGGCUUUCGCCUGCAUGCAGAUGGUAGAACCUGCAUUGCGCUGAACUCGUGUGCGGUGAACAACGGUGGCUGCGAGCACGACUGCGUGCAGCUGACGGCCAACCAGCACCAGUGCCGCUGCCGCCGGCAGUAUCGGCUGCGGGAGGACGGCCGGCGCUGCGCCCCCUGGAGCCCCUGUGCUCAGAGGAACGGGGGCUGCAUGCAGCUCUGCAGGGAUGUCCAGGGAGCAGCGCGCUGCGAGUGCCGCCCCGGAUACCGGCUGGGACCUGAUGGCAGAGCCUGCCAAGAUGUGGAUGAGUGCUUGGCCGGCCUGGCCACGUGUGCGCACCGCUGCCUGAACACCCACGGUUCCUUUAUGUGUGCCUGCAACCCGGGCUAUGAGCUGGGAGCGGACAGCAGGCAGUGCUACCGGAUAGAAAUGGAGAUUGUGAGCAGCUGUGAGAGUGGCAACGGUGGCUGCUCCCAUUUGUGCCACCACAGCAGCGCCGGCCCCAUCUGCACCUGUAACUCAGGCUACCAGCUGCAGGAUGACCAGAGGACAUGCACUGACAUCAACGAAUGUGAGGAUGGCUCUCACUGCUGCCAGCAGGACUGCUACAACUACCCUGGGGGCUACGAGUGUGCCUGCCAUGCUGGGUACCGGCUGCGUGCUGAUGGCUGUGCCUGCGAUGACGUGGAUGAGUGCUCCUCCAACAACGGUGACUGUGAGCACACGUGCCAGAACCAAGUGGGGUCCUUCCAGUGCGGCUGUCCCAUUGGGUACAAGCUGGAUGGAGACAGGAGGGGCUGCAUCUCUGUAGAGGACUCAGUGGAAGCCCUGGAUGCCCGGCUCCCCAUUAUCCGCCCCAUCCCCCACGUGGCCAUCCUGCAGGAUGAGCUCACCCAGCUCUUCAGCGAUGACUACGAAGAGGAGGAAGAGAUGGAAGCAAGAGGGGAGCACACCCUGUCUGAAACAUUCGUUUGUCUGGAGGACACCUUUGGCCCUGACUGCAGCCUGACAUGUGAGGACUGUCAGAACGGGGGCACAUGCAAUGUGGAGGGGACGGGCUGUGAGUGCCCGGCCGGCUGGAGCGGGCUGCUGUGCAACCAGACCUGCCCGCCUGGAACCUUCGGCAAGAACUGCAGCCAGCUCUGCCUCUGCCAGAAUGGGGGUACCUGUGAGCCCACCACCGGCACCUGCCGCUGCCCCCCUGGCGUGGCUGGGAUCCACUGUGAGGAUGGGUGCCCGAAAGGGUUUUUUGGAAAGCAAUGCAGGAAGAAAUGCAACUGUGCCAACCGAGGUCGCUGCCAUCGGAUCUACGGAGCGUGUCUGUGUGAUCCUGGCCUGUACGGCCGGUACUGCCACCUGGCGUGUCCCAAGUGGGCGUUCGGCCCCGGCUGCUCUGAGGAGUGCCUCUGUGUGCAGCCCAACACACAGCACUGCGACAAGCGGGACGGCUCCUGCAGCUGCAAGCCUGGCUACAGCGGUGUGCACUGCGAGACCAAGUGUGAGCCCGGCCGCUACGGGGAGGGCUGCAAGAAGAAGUGCAGCUGCCCUCCGGAUGCACGGUGUGACCACAUCACCGGGCGGUGCUGGAAGGAGUGUCCCCAGGGCUACCAUGGGGAGAACUGUGACCAAGAGUGCCCAGCAGGGCGGUUCGGGGCCGGCUGCCUGCUGCUCUGCUCCUGCGGCGGGGCUCCCUGCGAUGCAGUCAGCGGGAGGUGCGUGUGUGCACCAGGAUGGACAGGGCACGACUGCGCCCAAGCCUGCCCAGAGGGUCGCUGGGGCCUUGGCUGCCAGGAGCUGUGUCCUGAGUGUGCCAACAACGGCAGCUGUGACCCCGCCACGGGAGCGUGCGUGUGCCCACCGGGCUUCACUGGCAGCCGCUGCCAGGAUGUGUGCCCACCCGGCUGGUUUGGCCAGGACUGCCAGCAGAGCUGCAGCUGUGGGAAUGAGGGCCAUUGCCACCCUGUGACGGGGACGUGCAGCUGCGCACCCGGCUGGACGGGUCACGACUGCCGGAGAGGCUGUGCUGUGGGGCGUUGGGGUCCGAGCUGUGCCAAUGUCUGCGAGUGCAGCAGCAGCACCGGGAGCUGCGAUGCGGUGACGGGGCAGUGCGCCUGCGAUGCCGGCUACACGGGCAGCCGCUGCGAGGAGCGUUGCCCGGCAGGAUGGUUCGGGUUGGGCUGCCGGCGCCGCUGCCAGUGUGAGCACGGGGCUACGUGUGACCACGUCAGUGGGGCAUGCACAUGUGCUGAGGGCUGGAGGGGGACCUUCUGUGAGCACCCCUGCCCAGAUGGAUUUUAUGGCAUUGAGUGUCAGCAUGCCUGCAACUGCCAGAAUGGAGCCCACUGUGACCACAUCACUGGGCAGUGCCACUGCCACCCAGGCUGGACUGGGCCCCGCUGCGCCCAUGCGUGCCCGCAGGGCAGGUUUGGUGAGGGCUGCAGCCAGGUGUGCAGCUGCUCCAACAAUGCCACGUGUGACCACAUCACUGGCCGCUGUCUGUGCACUGCUGGCUGGAUGGGACCCACAUGCCAGCAAGCAUGCCCAGAGGGGUUCUAUGGGACAGGCUGCCACCAGCAUUGCCUGUGCCAGAACGGGGGGACAUGCGACCCCACCACGGGGCACUGCAUCUGCCCAAUGGGAUGGACUGGGCUGGCCUGUGAGCUGGCGUGCGCUGAGGGGCACGGGGACGGCUGCGGGCAGCGCUGCGCCUGCCUGAACGGUGGGGUCUGCAACCCACAGGGACAGUGCCAGUGCCCACCUGGGUGGAGUGGGAGCAGCUGUGAGAGCCCCUGUCCAGAGGGGCACUUUGGGGCGGGCUGCCAGGAGCGCUGUGACUGUGGGGACAAAGGGCUGUGCAACCCCAUCACCGGCACCUGCCAGUGCCCCCCUGGAUGGAGGGGUCGGCGCUGCGAGAAAGCCUGCCUGCCCGGAGCGUUUGGGAAGAGCUGUGCUGAACGCUGUGCCUGUCCCCCCGGAGCACCCUGUGACCACAUCACCGGGCAGUGCAGCUGCCCACCGGGCUUCACUGGAGCUGCAUGCGAGACACCCUGUCCUCCCGGCACCUUCGGGGAGCGCUGCGCCCAACGCUGCCGCUGUGUGGGACCCACCCAGGACUGCCACCCCAUCAGCGGUGUCUGCGUCUGUGCACCCGGCCACCAUGGGCCUGACUGCGAGCUGGAGUGCCCUGUGGGCUGGUAUGGCCCCGGCUGUGAGCGGCCGUGUGAGUGCAAGAAUGGGGCGCGGUGUGAGCGCACCACGGGGACGUGCCACUGCCCGGCGGGAUACAUUGGUGCUGACUGCAGCAUUGUGUGUCCCACCGGCCGCUAUGGUACAGACUGUGCACAGCUGUGUGCCUGCGGGGAGGGGGCCACGUGCCACCACGUCACCGGGGACUGCCUGUGCCCACCGGGGAGAGUCGGUCCCACUUGUGAGCAAGGCUGCCAGCCGCAGCAGUACGGGGUGGGCUGCCUUCAGCCUUGCUCCUGCCUGAACGGAGGGCUGUGCAAUGCCACCGACGGGUCCUGCAGCUGCGGGCUGGGAUGGACUGGGAAAUCCUGCGAGUUAGAGUGCCCAGCCGGGAGCUUUGGUGCUGACUGCCAGCUGCGCUGUGCCUGCAGGCACAAUGCCACCUGCGACCCCACCACCGGCGCCUGCCGCUGCCCCCCGGGACGCUAUGGGGCCCUGUGUGAGCACGGUUGUCCCCCGGGUUUCCAUGGGACCGACUGCCAGCAGCACUGCGACUGUGCCCAUGGAGCUGCAUGUGACCCGGCCACCGGCCACUGCCACUGCCCCGUGGGGCUGCGGGGUCCCCGCUGCCAGGAAGCAGGCUGCGAGGAGGGGACGUAUGGGGAGGGAUGCCGGCAGCGCUGUGACUGCGUGGGGAACGCACCCUGUGACCGCAUCACGGGGCACUGCCUCUGUCCUCCGGGAAAAACCGGCCCCCGCUGUGACUCAGAGUGCCCUGUGAACCGCUACGGCCCCGACUGCGCACUCACCUGCACCUGUGCCAGCAGCACUCAGUGCAGUGCCCGGACUGGCCGCUGUCACUGCCACCGUGGCUCCAUGGGCUCCUCGUGCCGGGAAGCUGUGCCCGCCCAGGUGCCCACCAGGUCCCCAGCGCUGCAGGGGAUGGAGCACUACGUCCUGCCACAGCCACAGGGCACUGCACAACUACACAAGCCAGCUGGAGGACUCGUUCCCAAGGCACUCGAGUGACAACCAGCUCAUGGCAGAUGGGAGCUGGGUGCUGCCUGGGCUGGACAUGGGCUGUAGGGCUCCUCUGCGGCUGCUGGCCCUCACCUCGGGGUGUUGGGCGCCGGGGUUGGAGGGAGAGGGUUGACAUUAUGGUUGAAAAUAGGUAUUUAUUCAGUAAUAUUUAUGGCAAGCUGUACCACAGCAGUGCAGGAGCUCUGCAGAGCUGCCACCUGCAGGGGGGAGAGCUGACCAAGGACCAAUGCAGACACGGACAUAUGGACACAAAGCUGUGGUGGUGGUCCUGAGUGCACAGGGAUGGCCCCAGCCCAUGGGGGCCAUGGAACUGUCUCCUUUCCAGGUGGAAUCCCUUUUAAUCUGUAAAUAACUUGCCCUUUUUUUUAACUUUUUUUCUUACUUCUUCCUUCAUCAUUAUUAUUAUUAUUAUUAUUAUUAUUAUUAUUAUUAUUGCUUUAGAUAUCAUUACUGUGAAGAAAUAAUGUUAAUAUAAGCACGUAGUGAAGGACCAAAAUUGGGUGUUGUAUGAGUGGGAAGCAGGGAGGAGGAAGAGGUGGUGAUGUGCCAAACACCCCCUGGGCUGCUGCCUGUUUUCAUGUAGCACUUACUUGCCUCUUUCUUAGGCUCUUCUCUCCUCUAAUUUAGCACUGAUUAACAAUUCUAAUUCCUCCACAGUUGAUAGAAAUAAACUUCUGCUCACCUGG